GCUUCUGUUAUCUUCCCCUCGGUGUCUGCGAAUAGUCCCGUGAACCAGAACUUUCCGCAUGAAAGAUGGCCGGGAAUUCGAUUUUACUGGCUGCUCUCUCUGUCCUCUCUGCCUGUCAGGAAAGUUAUUUCGCUUUGCAGGUAGGAAAGGCGAGAUCAAAAUACAAAGUUACACCCCCAGCAGUCUCUGGGUCACCAGAAUUUGAGAGACUAUUUCGUGCACAACAAAACUGUGUGGAGUUUUACCCAAUAUUUAUGAUUACAUUGUGGAUGGCGCGAUGGUAUUUCAACCAAGAGUUCUGCACACAAGUCUUUUGUCAGAUACACGUUCUGUGAGUAUCGUCAACUUUCACACCGCAUUUUGAGAGGCUGCCAUCAUGUUCUGUGUCUUUUCUAUUUUUUUUCUCUGUAGUUUUUGAUACUUAGACAAGUACACCAGACAAGUCUGGUGUACAUAUAUGUCCGUCACCAGUAUUUCUGGGGAUACUCAGAAGCUGCUAAAAAAAAAGGAUCACUGGUUUCCGGUUGAGUCUGGGGCUUUUGGCCUUGUUGACUGUUCUAGGCACCCUGGGGAUUGCAAGCAGCUUUCUGGAUGAAUACCUGGACUUCAGUGUUGCCAAGAAACUGAGGCACUUCUAACGUUCCCCCCUCGCUUUGCUCAAAUGCUUGCAGAAGAUGUUUCCACUCUAAAGGAUAGACGGUGCCACUUGUUCAAUUACGAGAAUACUGAGCAUUUGGAGGAAGCUUUACAAAGAGCAUGGAGCGCCCCUCCCCCGCCAUCAGCCACCUCCAGCUUCUCAUCAUUUCUUAUACAUUUACUUCCUGUACCUUUCAGAAAAAGGUAAUUAUAUAUUCUGUGUCUUCUCAUGUGUUUACUUUCUUCUGUUUGUUUUUGGUUUUCAUCUGUUUCCACCCAAGAGUUUC